AAAUAUGAUGAAAAUAUCAUAUGCCCAUUUUAAAUAUUGUUAAUGACCAAUUUUAUACUAAUUUAGUCUGUGCCACAAUUGUGAAUUAAAGUAUUAAUUCAGACACAACACUCAUAUUCAAUAAAAUUUUGCUUCUUUUGUUUUUUUUGUUUUAAAGAACGUCAAAUUUUUUUGGAUAAAUAAUAUUAUUGACUAACGUUUCUUCGAAAAAAUGUUGGCGAUGCUUAACCGACAUUUACUUGGUAAGAGUCUCAACAGAAUUCAAUCAAACAGUGCCAGAUUAAUGUUGGCUAGUCAAUCAAAUUCGACAUCAACCAAAAGUAAUAGCGAUUCGGAAGAGGAUAAUGUGCUUAAGGAAAAUCCGUAUUAUGGAGUGUAUGCCGAGAAGCUGCGUAAGUUAAAAGAAGAAAACUUGACAGCUUACAGAGAAAAAGUGGAAAAACUGAAAUCGAUGAAAAAACCUGUCGUCGACAAGUUGAGUAAAGAGGUAAACAAUCUAAUUACCGAAAAACAAACAAGUGAACCCGAAAUCAAAGCAAAACCAGCCAGAAGAUUAUCUCAAUCCUAUUUAGUAAAACAAAAGAAGUUGGAUGAUGUGAUGAACGUAGAGCUGCUUCAAGGAAAAAAUGCCGAAGAGAUAUCCAAAAUUUGGAUUCAGUACCACAAAGAAAAAAAGGAUACCCCCGUCGUGUCUGCCGCAGUGCCGUACAAAAAUUACAAAUUGUUCUACAAUAAAUCCAUUCAAUAUCCAAUGUUUGUUUUACCAUUGCCCAGAGGUGAUCAAGGAUACGAGUUCAUGUUUGUGCAAUUUCAACACAAUGUCGAUGUAAGCAAUUGCACUGCACACUUGACGCCUUUAAUUGCGUACCAAAAGCAUAAAGAAAAUGCACCCGAAUGUAUGUCCAUAGAGUAUUAUUCUGAUUUGAUCAGAGAAAACGACGCUGAUAAUUCAACAGUGUUGAUGCGAUCGUUUUACGAUUAUAAAUUGUUGUCUCCAAUGGAAGCGACCUGUCUGGUUAAUCAACUCCGAAUCUUCUAUGAGAACAAGAACACAAGACACGAGACGCUAUUGAAAUUGUUCAAUGAAGGACAUUCAGAGUUCCAUUAUUCGGAUGUCAUAGCUUGUGUCGAAACGCUUUCUAUUUAAAUUAGAUAUAUUUAAGAUUAUUGUUAUUGUUUUGUUUCGUUAAUUAAAUUUUUUUUUGCAUUGGUUUA